UGUCUGAGCACACUCGUCUACUUGAAUCUAGAUGCCGCUAAUGUAGGAAUAAACGCCAUUCAAUUGGCCCCUCUCCGCUUUCUACUUCCCAACUUUGCCUCUGUUACUAUGGUUCCUAAAAUAGACUUUAAUUCCGUUAUAAUUUUAUUGUCUGCAACUCGCUGUCUCUAAGUUGAAAAGUGCAACGUCCAAUGUCGGUUCUGAAAGCUGUAACCAAAGUUUCUCAAAUUAGACACGAGCUCGUGCUUCGGGGAUGAGUCAUUGACAUGCCAUCUUAGGCUGGCUGCAGAAAUUAAAUUCCAGACAGGGCUGCAUUUUCCUUCUUUCCACGCCGACCGCGCAUGGAAAGUUUGAGCAGCACAGUAGGCUAGCCUUGUCGAAUAUCCUCGCCGCCGUUUCAAAAAACAAAAGGAGAGAAGAAAAAGCGGAUAGGUACAUACGAUAUGCAGGAAGAGGGAGAAAAGGGCACCUCGUGGUGAUUAUUUAGGGUGCUUUCCGUCUUGGAUUUAUGGCGUGCAGCUGUUAGUUGUCUGACAGACGUAAGGAGGUCUCGAAAACCGUCGCUGCUCAGAAGCCGAGUUUCCAGUAUAGAAGCGGCGCCCUUACAGGAGACAACGCAAAUGGUGCGGGAGCAGUACAUCAGGACGACCCUGGACUCCAGUCUGCCGGACCUCAGCCCGGACAUCUACACGAUUGGGAUCUAUGGCUGGAGGAAGCGUUGCCUGUACCUCUUCGUCGUCCUCCUCGUCGUCAUCCUGGUGGUGAACUUUGCCCUGACUAUAUGGAUCUUCAGGGUCAUGUGGUUCAACGCGAAUGGGAUGGGCCACUUACAAGUCAAUUCAGACGGGGUGAGGCUGGAGGGCGAGUCUGAAUUCCUAUUCCCACUGUACGCCCAGGAAAUUCACUCCAGAGAGGACUCGUCUCUUGUCAUAACCUCUCCUGAAAAUGUCACUGUUGCCGCCCGCGACGAAAAUGGGAACGUGACAGGAAAGCUGUUUGUGGGUCCAGACCAGGUAGAGGCAUUUGGCCAACACUUGAAGAUAACCUCAAACACCGAUGAGAUGCUGUUCACUGCCAGUGAGGCUGAGGCUGUUGUUGGGGUGGACAAGCUGCGUAUCACUGGACCAGAAGGCGCCCUGUUUGAACACUCCGUGGAGACGCCCCUGGUCAGAACAGACCCCCUCAAAGACAUUCUGCUGGAGUCGCCCACCCGGUUCCUGAGUAUGGACGCACCCAAGGGGGUCCACAUCAAAGCUAUGGCGGGACACAUCGAAGUCGCCUCAAACGAGAACAUUCUGCUGCACGCCAUGGACAAAAUGCUGCUCCUGGAUGCUGAGACGGUGCGGCUGCUGAAGCUGCCCCAGGGGGUGGCAGGCGUGCGCGGAGGGACACGUGGAGCUCUGACG